AUGAAGUUCAUUCGUGGCAACGACGAUGACACCCAAGCGAGCCGUCAAAGCCUCAAGCAUGAAGUAGAUGUCUAUACACAGCUGCAGAAUUGCGAUGGUGUUGUGCGUUGCCUUGGCUUCCCUGAAGAUUGCAUUGAAAUGGAGUCGAUGAAGAAUGGAGAUCUUGCAGCAUAUCUGAAGGCCCAGCACCCAACUCGCUCUCUUCAGCUCUCGUGGUUUCGGCAAAUGGUGAGCACCCUUGCGCGCAUACACGACAGUCAUGUUAUCGUGGAGGAUAUUGCUAGGAAGAAUUUCCUUCUCAGUGAUGAACUCUGUUAA